GCUCGAGAGGCUGAAUGGCCUACUCCUGCUUCUAAUUUCUAUGUUCCUAUAAAAUCGGUUGAGGUAUUAAAUAGGGUGUAUUAGCAGUUUGUACUGGAACCUCAUCCAUUGAAUACAUUAAUGACCUGGAUUCGCAGACGCAGAGUAAGAUUGUUAAAAUUUCAGAUGACACCAGGUUGGGUGAAGUGGAAUCAGAGGAGGCAGAAGAAGUUCUACAAAGAAAGCUUGAUAACUAAACAUAAUGUUUCCUUCCCUAACAUCUCUGCAUUCACUUUUUGCAAGAGAGGGGAAUGGAUAAUGAUCAGGCACCUUAGCUGUUCUUUCUCCCUUGUCUUCCAGCAGCUUGAAAGCUAAUUCUAUUGCCUAGUUAAUAUGGCACAGAGCAGAAUCCAACCUGAAACCUUCUGGUCUUUUUGUUUUUCUACAAUAUCAGGCAGAGCCUUUACUGCAAGGUUAUCUGAGAGCCAUAUGUAACAGUAUAAUCUUCUGGGCACAGAAUAUAUCCAUCACUUGUGAUUAAAAAGUGAAAUGAACUUUUGCUUGAUGACAACAGGUAAAAAUGCAUGUUCUAUACAUAGUGACACAAAGUAUCUGCAACAAAUGGAUCAAACUGAUUAUACCUGCCUUUGCAAAAUGAAAUCUUCGGAAUUGUUGUGCGCAAUCAGCAAAGGGAUUUUGCUAAGAACAAGAAAAUAUUCUCAACAUUCCAAGAGCUGCUGCUGUUCUGACAGACUGCCUAUCUGAAGCCAAGUCCUGGAUGAGCCAUAACUUUACUGCAGCUGAACAUCAAGCCUGACCCAUCUUGUUUGGUUCUUGCCAGUAUCUAUUCAUCUUUGGCACUGAUUCUAUCCCUGAUUGCUCAAUCAGACUGAACCAAGUGGUUGAAUCAAGCACCUCAACAGAUGUAGAAAGAUGCUAGUUGUGGAGGAGUGGCUAUCAGAAUUUAAGACACUGCCUGAGAGCUCUGUUUCCAGCUAUGCUGCAAGUUUAAACGACAACCAUUCUUUGGUUUCAGCAUUAUACCAAGUCAUUUGUGAGCCUCAUAGUGAGUUGCUGGAACCAGUUUGUCAUCAGCUGUUUGAAUUUUAUCGCAAUGGUGAUGUCCUUCUUCGGAGAUUUACAUUACAGUUUCUUCCAGAACUUGUCUGGUGCUAUCUUUCAGUCACAGCUACAAGAGAUGUGCACAGCAGUGGCUGUAUUGAAGCGCUCCUUUUGGGGAUCUACAACUUGGAGAUUGUGGAUAAGGAUGGACACAAUAAAGUGCUGUCUUUUACAAUCCCAUCUCUUUCAAAACCUUCUAUAUACCAUGAGCCUUCCAGUAUUGGUUCUAUGGCACUUACAGAAAGUGCCUUAUCUCAGCAUGGUUUGUCUAAAGUUGUACAUAGUGGACCUCACGAUCAAAGGGAAACCUUUACAGCACAGAACAGGUUUGAAGUUUUGACAUUCCUGUUUCUCUGCUACAAUUCAAAUUUAAACUGCAUGCCUCGUCUAUCUCUACAGUCUCUGUGCCAUAUGAGCUCCAGAGUAUGUGUCAGUGGAUAUCCAAGACAGUUUCAGAAAAAUUACAAAGAUUUCAGUAGCAGAAUACCUGUGUCUCCAGAGUGUAUGGUACAAAUAUUAACAGCCGUUUAUUACGCCAUGUACAAUGGAGAAUGGGACCUGGCCUGCAAAACAUUGGAUGACGUACUGUACAGAGCACAGCUGGAAAUGUUUCCUGAACCUUUACUGGUUGGCAAUGCAAUCAAAAAUUCUGUAUGUUUUGAUGCUGUCAAGUAUUCUAAAGAAGCACCGAGAUGUAUACAGGUAGAGAUAACUCCAACCUCCUCCAGAAUAUCAAGGAAUGCAGUCACCAGUCUAUCAAUACGAGGACAUCGAUGGAAGAGGAAUGAAGCAACGGAAUUAAAACCCCAGGAGGAGCUAAUGGACAUCUCUGAAGUGGAUGAAGGAUUUUGUUCAAGGGCUUCAAAUACAAACAUUGCAAUUAGUAGUGGUGGUAAUAAGACACCUGCUGGCAAAAGUCAAAGGAAAUCACUAGGUGGCAGAUCUGGCAGGGAGAAAGAAAUGACAACCGAGAUCUGUCGAGAACACCUUGUGCGUAAACAAACUCCGAGGGCUACAAGUGAGAAUCUGGAGCUGCUGUCUAUCAAAAGGCUAACCCUAACUAGUAGCCAGUCACUGCCUAAACCAGGAAACCAGAGUUUGGCUAACACUGUUACAACUGUAUUUAGUAAAUCCUUUGAACAGGUUGGUGGUGUUCUUGCUGCAAAUAGUCCAGCUAGUGCCAUAAGUGGGAAUAUUGGUGACUCGAACAGAUUCUCAGCUUGCAGCCUUCAAGACGACAAACUUGCACUUGUGUCUGAUCGAGCAGACUCUCACAUUUCCACCGUACAACAGCAUAAGCAACAACGCUCACCCAGCUGUAAUAUUCAUCUCUCCACUGAUAUGUAACAUUCAAACAUGAUCUAUAACGAACUGUUUGCAGUAUUUUUUGUAUAAUUUUGAUGUAUUUUGUCAAACAAGAUUGCAUUGUGAACAUGCUUCUAGUUUUAGAAUUUAGUCCCAUGCCUAUAUUUACAAAAACUCAUGUUGGUUGAACAAACAUUAACGGAGUAAAGUAUUGCUAGAUUUGCACCAACCAUAGGUUGGGAAGGAGAUAAAUGUAACCUAUUUGCUAAUCGUAAACCAUAUUCAUCCAAAGCCUGACUAUGUUUACUACCAACAAUAUAUGGAUUUAAUGCCCUCUAUACAGUAAACUAUUAGGGGAAAAAAACAUUAAUAUGCAUCUUCACUGUUUCAUAAUUCCUUAAGUUUUUAAAUGUAUACAUUUUCCUGUCUUUAAAAAUAUGAAUUGCUAUACUCCAAUAACUCACCUAGUUUCUUACCUAAAGAAACAGCCUUGUAUAAUUCCUUUUCUAUAAGUUGUGUGAUCUGUAACUUGUUUGAUUGAGAACUUGUAUGCAUUGUGUUGAUUAUUUCUGCCACAUUCAAAAUAGGCGAAUUUUAUUCAACGGUUUCAAGCAAAAAAAUCAUUUUGUGAACAGUGUAAAAUCUGUAAGCUCAAGGCAAUUAUGCCAAUAUAGCUAUAAUCAUUGGAACUCUACUUGACUAAGCAUCUUGUAGUUUAGAAUCACUCAUCCUGUUGGAUAUAUAUCUUAAUGGUCACUUCUCUAGUCAUUUUUCAACACAGAUGUAAAUACAAAUUUGUAUCUAACAGUUUUUAUGCAAUGGCUAAUGUGAGAGGUAGAUCACAUGUAAUGUUAACAUACUAGCUACAACCAUUCUAAGUAAGUGUAACUGGUACGGUUAUUACAAAGAUCAGUUUCCGUUUGAGCUUUCACUUCAGCACUUUGUACAGAAAUACUUGUUUUUUCUGCCAUUUAUAGAAUGUUAAACUUAUUUGUACUAAAUUACUGUGUUCCUGAUUUAGAGUUUAGAAACUAUUGCAUGGCUAAGAUGUGUUCAUAUUAUGUUGUUGGAAGAAGUCUAAUUAGAAUACAAUAUUUUAGUA